UAAUGUCAUUUGAUCAUCUUAAUGAUACUAAUAUCACUAAUCAAUCAGAAAAAGAACAUGUAAAUGAAUUUUAUGAUUACUAAAUCCGAAAUAUGUAUGAUAAAGAAAAAUAUAUUAAUCCACAUGAUAUUGCUGGUUAACCAGGUUUAGUAACAAGUUAAGCAGUUGAAUUGGAAAAAAAGAAAGUUUAAUUCAGAAUGGCAAAUGAAAUCUAUUUAAGAAAACAUCCAGAAUUAUCUGUUAUGCUAAGCAUUUUCUUAUUUAGAGUAUUGGAGGAAAAACCAGAUGAUGUCUUAAUGUAUGCAGGCAAAUUCUUUGAUUAGUAUUAAAUUUAUAUAUCUAUAAUAGAGAACAUUUAGAAGAAGUAAUAUUGAUAUAGAAAAAGCAUUAUUUAGAAAAUGGAAAUGCAACUGCUUGAAACCCU